AUGGCUGCAAACACGCAUCAAUUCAAUACAAGAGGUAUGUCAAUGAAUCGAAAUGUUAAUGAGGUUACUUCUUCACCGCACUUAGAACAUAGGACUGGUAAUAUGGAGAAGAUGAUGCAACAGAUUGCCGCAGUACUCAUUCCCUCUCACGAGGAAGAAGCUGAACAAGUUAAUGCAGUAUUCACAAAUCAGCAAAGGCAACGGUAUGAUCCUUAUUCCAAUACUUAUAAUCCAGGGUGGAGAGAUCAUCCCAAUUUUAGUUAUGCAAACAAGCAAGCUGCAGCUCAAGGACCGGUUUUCAAUCGUCCUAGUGGUUUUCAACAACAACAACAACAACAUCAACCACAACCAGUGCAGAACUCAGAAUCAUCAGAGAUGCUUGCUAUGAUGACGAAUCUAACCACAAUGGUGCAAAAGAAUCAGCAAACGACUGAUGGUGCCAUCAAGGAGUUGCAGACACAAAUGAGCACCAUGGAAGGUAGAUUGAACCAUUUGGAGACGCAAAAUAGUGAGAAACUCCCUUCUCAACCUCUUAACCCAAGAGAUUCUGUCAACGCUGUGACAUUGAAAAGUGGUACACGAACUGUGCAACCAGAUGAUACGGAUAAAAACAAAGACCCUAAGGGGACGGUAUUAGAGAAAGAGAUCACUGACUCUUCCCAAACCGAUGAGGUACCUAAAGAAAACUCUAAAACUCAUGUUUCUACUUAUGUUCCUCCUUUGACUUUUCCUCGCAGGUUUGCUAACUCUAAAAAGGCGGAACAAGAUAAGGAUAUCUUAGAUAUUUUCAGAAAGAUUCAUGUAAACAUUCCACUAAUAGAUGCUAUUAAACAAGUCCCCAAGUACGCGAGAAUUCUGAAGGACUUGUGUACCAAUAAAUAG